GAAAGGGCCCAUAUGAUGUCCCCUCAAUGGACUCUAAGAUGUGAUCUUCAUCUUUCUCCACUGAGAGCUAAAAGAGCUGCACUCUAUUCCCUAUCAUCUUCUCUCUUUUCUUACCCAAAAUAAGCAUGAAUUCUUCUGCAACAAUCCUGUCCAAGGAUUCUAAUUCCGCCAGCGAUCAGGCGUCGCCGCCUCUGAGCCGAUACGAGUCUCAGAAGAGAAGGGACUGGAACACUUUCGGGCAGUACUUGAAAAACCAGAGGCCACCAGUUUCAUUGUCUCACUGCAACUGUAACCAUGUUCUUGAAUUUCUGAGAUACCUAGACCAGUUUGGGAAGACUAAGGUUCACUUGCAUGGUUGCGUGUUCUUCGGGCAGCCUGACCCACCGGCGCCCUGCACCUGCCCCUUGAGGCAGGCUUGGGGCAGCCUGGACGCCUUAAUCGGACGGCUAAGGGCUGCGUACGAAGAGCACGGCGGAUCCCCGGAGACCAACCCUUUUGGAAACGGAGCGAUUCGAGUUUAUUUGCGUGAAGUGAAGGAUUCUCAGGCUAAGGCAAGAGGGAUUCCGUAUAAGAAGAAGAAGAAGAAGAGAAUCAAUCAUCCACUCAAGGCGCAUGAUGAGCUGCUGAUCAAGAACCCCAAACAGCCCGCUUGAACUACUCGGCACUCCUCUUUUCCGGAUGAUAAUUUUAUGGGUCUAAUUAGGCCAGCAAGUGGUAUGGGAUGGAGAGCCGGAGAAUGCUGGACCUCACACAUCACAUUCCUAAUUAAUUAUGAGUCUACCUUAAUUGUUCCAAAUAAUACACAUAAUAUAAUAUAUAAAUCUCUAGGUAGCAGGAGUUCAUAAAAAGCUGCUGGAGGUGAUAUGUUGUUAUAUCAUAAAAAGCUGCUAGACGUAGAUUAUAGUACCCUGUUGGUUGUAUGUACGUACUGAGUAAAUUUUUCACCAUUUCCAUAGAGGAGAUGUAAUAUGUAGGCCUUUUAGUCACAUAAAUAGGAUACUACUAUUAGUGUAUUAUUUCCAAACAAACGGGGGAAAAUUGAUUAAACGUAUCUCAAUUACCUGUGGUAUGCUAUGGAAAGAAAUACUUAAUCUUCAAUCUCA